GACUCAGGGUAGUUUAUUUGCAGUACUUUAUUCUGUAACAUGGACAUCUAAAGAUCGGGAUCGGGAGUCAUUCGGAGCUAUAAAUAGUAACGGGAGUUGGCUAGGCUAUAAAUACUUUCAGUUUACACAAUCUUAUAUUUUUAACAGGAUUGACCACGAUUAAUAGAAUGAGCAAUGUAUGAUGCUUCAGGACAUAUCCACUAAGUUCUUCGCAUAAUUCACCUGUCUUCUGAAUUGAAAACAACCAGGGACUUAAAACAAGCAAAGAUCAGAAAUUCAAGCUGUAUUUUUAACAUCAUUUGUACAUUAAUUUUGUCACAGUGGAAGAAUUACAAGUACUACAGUCAUGUAACCUCACAAAAUAUAUAAAAAUAUACAUCAUAGCAUUAUAAAAGAAAUGGCAAUGUACUAGACAAUCUCAGGAAGCAAUAGGAAUCAUAUCAGACAAUGAAAUCUCUGGAGGACACAUGUAUUCACUGUAUUAUGAACAGUAUACAGGAGAUACCCCACAUCAAGGAGAAACUCCCCCGCAUCUACAAGGAGCUGCUGCUGAUGCGCCUCAGUGAACACAGCCUAUUGACCCCGGAUGUAAUGGAGUGUGUCAGACAGCAGCUGUUUGUCUCCUCACUUCAGCACCUCCAGCUCUACCACUGUGAUCAAGUGAACGACCAGUUCCUAAAAGCCUUCGCUGAUUCUCGCAGACAGUUAAAGACUCUCAUCAUAGAGAAGUGUGAUGUCUCAGAUGUUGGAAUUUUAGCUGUGACACAUAAACAGAAAUCCCUGGAGACCUUGGAGUUAAAGAAUCUGAUACAUUUGACCCCAAAAGGCCUGGGAAAUGUUAAAUCUCCUGUCCUUCGUACACUCAAUCUAAAGGGAUGCACACAAAUGAAUUCAAAAGGUGUGCUCACCGUCUUACAGAAUAACCCCACUGUAGAAGUUCUCCGUGUGGCCGGCCAGGGUAACCACAAAUACGAUGAUCUCUUAUUUCAUGACAUCGCAGAGACUGUGGGUCCAACACUGAAGGAGCUACACUUUGCCCCCCACACAAUCAGUGAUGCAUGUCUGUGUGUCUUAGCCACCCGAUGUCCAAAUCUUCAAGUAUUGAGUCUUUAUGGAUGUCCCAGAAUAACUGGUGGUUCUCUGUUAAAGUUAACACAGGGGUGUACGUCUUUGAGAAACCUUGACCUGUCUUACUGUGUACAGCUGAGUCACAGUCCAGACAAUCAGUCGCUAUGGACACUUCCCGUUACCCUGACAACCCUGUCCCUGUGUGGAAUCAUGCUGGAGGAUAAAGAGAUUCUGAUUGAAGCCUUACAGAGACUGAGGAACCUCCAGUCUGUCCGCCUGUGUGGGAUUCCCUGUCUUGACGACGACACGUUUACCCAGAUCAUGGAGAAGCGAGGUUCGAGCCUGGUGGAGAUAGACCUCAGUGGGAUGAGAAAGAAAGACUUUACAGACGAGGGUCUGAGGUCCAUCAGUAAAUACUGCACCUCACUGGAGAUCCUCAACAUCAGUAUGUGUCACGAGUUUACGGGGGAGUCCCUCAUACCUCUGCUGGAGGACCCAAACAGGGCGCAGCACAUCACCAAGCUAUUCCUCUCCUCCAGAAAGAUAAGCUAUGAGGUCCUAUGUGCGGCUGCUAUGCACUGUACUAACCUGAGAAGUCUAGAUCUGGGAGGGGUGGGGUGUGUGGAUGACCAUCUCCUGUGUCUGCUGGCCCAGAACACUUCUAAACUCCAGAGGCUGGGGAUCAAAGGAUGCAGUAAGGUAACAGACAUGGGUUUAUGUACUUUGAGUGGUAGUUGUCAGGAUCUGGCCUUCCUAGUUCUCUCUGGAGUGAACAACAUCACAGAUAAAACCAUCUUCUGUAUCGCCAAUAACUGUCCCUACCUAGAGGAGAUCUACCUGAAUGGCUGUAAACAGAUAUCUACCACUACCCUACAGUAUCUCAUGGACUACUGUGUUUCCAGUGUGUAUAUUCAGCAUGUGACCCCCAAUUUGGCACCAGAACAGCUAAUGGCUAAGAAUUUGGACACUGGUGAGUUCUGUAGAGUGGACCAAAUAGAUUACAGCACUCACAACAGCCACAAAAGGAGGAUAGCCAGGGAGGAACUGGUGGAAUUAUGAGGGGAGGAUCCCAAAGGAGGAACUGGUGGAAUUAUGAGGGGAGGAUCCCAGGAGAGGAACUGGUGGAAUUAUGGGGGAGGAUCCCAAGGGAGGAACUGGUGGAAUUAUGAGAGGGUUGGGGGGGGGGGGGUACCCAGGAGAGGAACUGGUGGAUUUUUGAGGAAUAAUCAUUAGAUUAUUCUUUACUAAAAGUACAGUGUUUAUCUGGGGGCAUUACAUUGAUAUCAGGAUCUGUCAGCAAUGAAUAUGCAACACAAAGAACUUCAUGUGAACAAAUAGGGCCUGGGAAGUUUUAAAAUUGUUUAUCUAUUAGAUAUAACCCAAUGCAUGUAUAAUGUAAACUAACAUUCUGUUUACAAUAUAUUAGCAAUACAAUACACCCUUAUGUAGGUUUGUCAAUCUAUCAAGUGCUGUAUUUCAUAUUUUUACUUCCAUAUGGAAGAAAAUUCUUUGGAUAUGUAGACAAAUCUCUGUCAUUGUUUCUAGAGAAAAUUGUGUAUUUCUUCUACUUUCAAAGUAUUGUUAUGUAUGAAAAAUAUUUAUUACUGUCAAAGAAAAUGUGGAAUGAAUUGACUGAUGUGAUCAAUGCAAAAAAAUAGAAAAAAAAUUAGAACAGUACUGUAAACCAACU